GGUGGGGUCUCUUCUCUUGCAGUUCCUGACUGAGCUUACCAGACUCUUUCAGAAGUGCAGAACUUCGGGCAGUGUUUUCAUAACGCUGAAGAAAUAUGAUGGCCGAACAAAACCAGUCCCACGCAAAGGCCACGUAGAAAGUUUUGAACCAGCAGACAAUAAGUGUCUUCUAAGAGCAACUGAUGGAAAGAAGAAAAUCAGCACAGUGGUGAGUUCAAAGGAAGUAAACAAAUUCCAGAUGGCAUAUUCAAAUUUGCUGAGAGCUAACAUGGAUGGCUUGAAGAAAAAAGACAAGAAAAGCAAAAACAAGAAGAGUAAAGCAACACAGUGACAGAACAGUGUCCUACCAUCACUGUAACAGACUUGACCCUUGCUCAAAGCAAAGUCCAUUUCUUUUUGAGUUACCACUUGUCUUUGGCUUUCCUUCCAGCAAGAUACUGGGAUGUGAUCCGUACUUUUGUUUAAACUGAAAGCAGAAGGUGUGGAUUGUUGUAUGGCAGGAGUAUUUACAGGGUUACACUGAAAUAGCUUUACACUCAGCUGCCAACUAGUUUUCAACUGAUACUGCUGUUUGUUUGGUAUCAUAUGAGUGGGCAGUAUAAAGCCUGUUUGGGGGCUAACACAGGGUGAACAGAACUGUACCGUACCAAGAACAAAGUGAGACUGGAGCAGUCGUCUCAGUGACAGAUGCCCAGUUUUAUAGAUAAGCCUCAGUAGUACUAGGGAAAGUGGGUGCCAGCGUGUUACCACAACAGCAGCUUUCCUGUUUCUGUCUUAUUUUGAAGGACAUGUCUAUGUGAUGCAGUGCAGAUACUCCCAAGGCAGCCAGUACAAUGCUUGAGCUCUUGCAGAGCCAGGCAGCUGUGCCUUUGCUCCAUGCUGAUCCA